AGUCCUACAAUACGCUCUCUCUGUCCUAUAUAUAGGGCUUAGUUACUGUGACCCCUCCUAGCUUUCUCCGCUCUCAGCCGAAAUAAAAACAUCCCCACCUGGGUCUUCAUCAACUCUCUCAUCCUUCCUCACCAACCCAUCUCACUCCGGCAAAACAUGUCAACCAUGACAACUGUGCAAAUUCCAUCCCAAUGCAUGUUCAGACAUGCACCCCAGAAUCGUUUCACCAGUUCUAUUGUUAAGUUAUCAUCUCCUCUUGGAUCUGUGAAGAAUAUCUCCAAGGCCUUUGGCUUGAAAGCAUCCUCCAACUUCCGAGCAUCAAUGGCAGUAUACAAGGUCAAGCUGGUUGGACCAGACGGUGCAGAGUGCGAGUUUGAUGCGCCAGAUGAUGCGUACAUCUUAGAUUCAGCUGAGAAUGCAGGAGUUGAGUUGCCAUAUUCUUGCAGGGCUGGGGCCUGCUCUACCUGUGCAGGGAAGCUGGUGGCAGGUUCAGUGGACCAGUCCGAUGGCUCAUUCCUUGAUGACAAUCAAAUGAAGGAGGGUUAUGUGCUGACCUGUGUCGCAUACCCGACUUCAGACGCUGUGAUUCACACUCACAAGGAAAGUGAGCUAUAUUAGGUGCUUUGCAGUUGGAAUUGAGUAGAAAGUAUGGAAGUGUUGGUGUUUAGAAUUAUUAUGCAUCUCAUGUUGUGAAGGUUCUCGUAGACCUUCUCUUUGUUCUGUUUUGGUGGGGUUUUGUUGUGGAAUGGCAGUGCAUCUAAAUGUUAAUGGUUGCCGUAUUGGUUUCCGUAGGUGGCGCUUUAGUUUAGUUCUUAUUCAAGGGGUAGAUUCAAUACCUGUCCCAAAGCGUUUGUAGAAAAAUUCACAAAUUAAAUUCGCUUUUCAAGUGGUUCCUUAAAUUGGCCUCUAA